AUGGAGCCAUGUGACGAGCUCGAGAAUGUGGGCCUCUACUUUGGGCCUGUCCGCGUGGUGUUUGUUAUAUUUGACUCACCCGGUGUUGGCCCAUUCGCCGACCCAUCCGAACCCUUGAUCUAUUGGGACGAGCCACUGGAGAGUCUUUUCCAUCUCGGCUUUGAUUUGAGAGACAGGUCUGAAGAACAAAUGUAUUCCAGUCCGCAAAAGAUAUGCUUAAAAGCAAGAGCAAACAAAAUAUUUAACUCCCAUCGUAAUGUAAAGCGAGACCAGCAGCGCCUAAUCUUUCUGCUCGAGGUUCAAGGAAGCACAAAAACCAACAGAAAAGACUUUCCACCUCAGAUUUAA